AUGGCGGGCGGCGGGGCGGGGGGCGGCGGCGGCGGGGAGACGAAGGUGAUUUACCACCUGGAUGAAGAAGAGACUCCCUACCUGGUGAAGAUCCCCGUCCCGGCCGAGCGCAUCACCCUCGGCGACUUCAAGAGCGUCCUGCAGCGGCCCGCGGGCGCCAAGUACUUUUUCAAGUCCAUGGAUCAGGAUUUCGGGGUGGUGAAGGAAGAGAUUUCAGAUGACAAUGCCCGCCUCCCCUGUUUCAACGGAAGGGUUGUCUCCUGGCUUGUGUCAUCCGAUAACCCUCAACCCGAGAUAGCUCCCCCACCCCAGGAGCCUCGGACAGAACUGGUGCCUCCAACCCCACCAUUACCCCCUUUGCCCCCGGAGAGGACCAGUGGCAUUGGGGACUCCAGACCUCCGUCCUUCCACCCCAAUGUGUCCAGCAGCCGGGAGAACCUGGAGCCUGAGACUGAAACCGAGUCGGUGGUGUCUCUGAGGCGGGAGCGGCCUCGCAGGAGAGACAGCAGUGAGCAUGGCGCUGGGGGCCACAGGCCCAGCGGUCCAUCGAGGCUGGAGCGCCACCUGGCCGGGUACGAGAGCUCCUCCACCCUCAUGACCAGCGAGCUGGAGAGCACCAGCCUGGGGGACUCGGACGAGGACGACACCACGAGUAGGUUCAGCAGCUCCACGGAGCAGAGCAGCGCCUCUCGCCUCCUCAAGCGCCACCGACGGCGGAGGAAGCAGCGGCCGCCUCGCCUGGAGAGGACCUCCUCCUUCAGCAGCGUCACCGACUCCACCAUGUCUCUCAACAUCAUCACAGUCACACUGAACAUGGAGAAGUACAACUUCCUGGGCAUCUCCAUUGUGGGCCAAAGCAAUGAGCGGGGCGACGGGGGCAUCUACAUCGGCUCCAUCAUGAAGGGGGGGGCCGUGGCCGCGGACGGGCGCAUCGAGCCAGGGGACAUGCUUCUGCAGGUGAAUGACAUGAACUUUGAGAACAUGAGCAACGACGACGCGGUACGAGUGCUGAGGGACAUUGUGCACAAGCCAGGCCCCAUCGUGCUGACUGUGGCCAAGUGCUGGGAUCCCUCUCCCCAGGCCUAUUUCACUCUCCCCCGAAAUGAGCCCAUCCAGCCCAUUGACCCCGCAGCCUGGGUCUCACACUCGGCUGCACUGACCGGCACCUUCCCAGCCUAUCCGGGCUCCUCGUCCAUGAGCACCAUCACGUCUGGGUCCUCUUUGCCCGAUGGCUGUGAGGGCCGAGGUCUCUCCAUCCACACGGACAUGGCCUCUGUGACCAAAGCCAUGGCAUCUCCAGAGUCUGGACUGGAAGUUCGGGACCGCAUGUGGCUCAAGAUCACCAUCCCUAAUGCCUUUCUGGGCUCGGAUGUGGUCGACUGGCUCUACCAUCACGUGGAGGGCUUUCCGGAGCGGCGGGAGGCCCGGAAGUACGCCAGCGGACUGCUCAAGGCCGGCCUUAUCCGGCACACCGUCAACAAGAUCACCUUCUCUGAGCAGUGCUAUUAUGUCUUCGGAGACCUCAGUGGCGGCUGUGAGGGCUACCUGGUCAAUCUGUCUCUGAAUGACAACGACGGCUCCAGCGGGGCUUCGGACCAGGACACCUUGGCUCCUCUGCCUGGGGCCACCCCGUGGCCCCUGCUGCACACCUUCCCCUACCAGUACCCAGCCCCGCACCCAUACAGCCCCCAGCCCCCUCCCUACCACGAGCUCUCAUCCUACACUUACGGGGGAGGCAGUGCCAGCAGCCAGCACAGUGAAGGGAGCCGGAGCAGUGGGUCCACACGAAGCGAUGGGGGUGCAGGGCGCACAGGGAGGCCUGAGGAGCGGGCCCCCGAGUCCAAGUCUGGCAGCGGCAGCGAGUCUGAGCCCUCCAGCCGGGGGGGCAGCCUUCGGCGAGGUGGGGAGCCUGGUGGGACCGGUGAUGGGGGCCCUCCCCCUUCCAGGAGCUCAUCAGGCGCUCCCAACCUCCGAACCCACCCAGGGCUUCAUCCCUACGGGCCUCCCCCCGGUAUGGCCCUUCCCUAUAAUCCCAUGAUGGUGGUCAUGAUGCCCCCACCUCCCCCACCUGUCCCUCCAGCAGUGCAGCCCCCAGGGGCCCCUCCAGUCAGAGACCUAGGCUCAGUGCCCCCGGAGCUGACAGCCAGCCGCCAAAGCUUCCACAUGGCCAUGGGCAACCCCAGUGAGUUCUUUGUGGACGUCAUGUAG